CAAAGGACGCUGAAAGUGCUGCAUAGCUGAGUGUGGGGUCGCGUGCGCACGCGUACAACUGCAUACGUGAUAGUGACAGCGAUUGCAACGCUGUCGACGCCCGCGGUGUGGACUGAGCUGAGCAUUUUGGAGCCACCUCACCUCAGCGCUGGGCACCGCACGGCCUGAACGAUGCGCGCACUCCUCCUCGUAACGACAACGACGGCGUGCGCAGCCUAUAUACCACCAACAAGGCAACCCAAAGCCACAGCACUACACGCCGUCGACGCCGACGUAUUACGACAAGAGUUCCCCGCGCUCAAACAAAAGAGCCGCGGCCACGACCUCGUCUACUUCGACAGCGGCGCCACGUCCCAGAAGCCGCAGAGCGUCCUCGACGCCACAACCAAAUACUACGAGGAGGACAACGCGAACGUCCACCGCGGCGCGCACGACCUCGCACAAAGGGCGACCGACGCGUACGAGGGCGCGCGCGACAUCGUGGCCAAGUUCAUCAAUGCGUUUUCGAGAAACGAAGUCGUGUGGACGCGCGGCGCUACCGAAGCGAUCAAUUUGGUCGCGCACGCGUGGGGCGACGCCUAUGUGUCCAGUGGCGACGAAAUUGUGCUGAGCGCGCUAGAGCACCACUCCAAUUUGGUUCCUUGGCAGUUAUUAUCAAAAAGGACGGGCUGCACGAUUAAAUACGCGCCGUUAAAUGACAAGCAAGAACAGCUCGAUACGGAUAAACUCCUCGAGCUCAUAACACCUUCCACAAAAGUCGUCGCGCUGUGCCACGUGUCCAACGUUUUGGGAUGUGUCGCACCUGUACAACAAGUAGUAGAAAAAGUGAGAAAAGUGGCCCCCGAGGCCAUUAUUCUGCUCGACGCGUGCCAGAGCGCUCCGCACAAGCCACUCGACGUGCAAGCUUUGGGGGUCGACUUCGUCGCGUUCAGCGGCCACAAGAUGUGCGGGCCGACGGGCAUCGGCGUCUUGUGGGGUUUGUCGAAGCGCCUCGAGGAGAUGCGGCCGUGGCAGGGCGGCGGGGAAAUGAUCGGCGACGUGUUUUUGGACGACGGCGUCACGACGUACGCGGCGCCGCCGGCGCGCUUCGAGGCGGGGACGCCGCCCAUCGCCGAGGCCGUCGGGCUGGGCGCGGCCUGCGAAUUUUUGACGGAGGUCGGCAUGGACCGUAUCGCCGCGUACGAACAGCAGCUGGGCGCGAAGCUCUAUGAAGGUUUGAUAGGCUUCGGCGACCGCAUCCGCAUCGUGGGGCCGCCGCCCUCGGAACGAGGAGCGGCGCUGUGCGCGUUCACGUGCGACGGCGUGCAUUCUUCAGAUUUAGCCUUCUUCCUCGACCAGGAGGGCGUCGCGGUGCGCGCGGGCCACCACUGCACGCAGCCUUUGCAUAAACGGCUGGGCGCCGACGGCGGCACGGUGCGCGCGUCGCUCGCGCUCUACAACACCGAGGCGGAGGUCGAGGCGUUCCUCGCCGCGUUGGAUCGCGUCCUCGCGGACCUGGAGGACGACUCGGACUUCGUGCCGUUAGAUCUCUAAAAAUACCUAGUGACUGC